CAUCUACUUUGCAUAUCCUGUUUCUGUGAGUCAGACUAUGACGGCUUUCAGGAGAGGGGGUUAGCCAAAGCUGCGCUGCAUAGAUGCUCGGACAGCUGGAAAAAGACAAAAACAAGAAAAAGGGAAAUAUCCAGUGAUGGACGGGUUUUCAGGGGACAUGCUGAGCGGUGGCCGGGCUCUGCUCGGCGAGGACAGCUCGGUGAUGGCUCGCAUGCAGAAGAAGUUCUGGAAGACGAAGCAGGUCUUCAUCAAAGCCACAGGGAAGAAGGAGGACGAGUACGUCGUGGCCUCAGACGCUGAUCUGGAUGCAAAGCUAGAGUUUUUCCGCUCGGUUCAGUGCACGUGCACAGAGCUGCUGAAGGUGAUCGAGAAGUACCAGCACAGGAUCACACGCCUGUCCCAGGAGGAGAACGAGCUCGGCCUGUUCCUGCGCUUCCAGGGUGAACAUGAUCGCACAAAGGCCGGCAACAUGAUGGACGCCACCAGUAAGGCCCUGUGCACAUCCGCCAAGCAGAGGAUGGCACUUUGCACUCCACUCCGGCGUCUGUACCAGGAAGUGGAGACGUUCCGGCGGCGUGCCAUCGCAGACACACUGCUAACAGUCAGUCGUAUGGAGAAGUCUCGCACAGAGUACAGAGGAGCUCUGCUCUGGAUGAAAGACGUCUCCCUAGAGCUCGACCCGGACACCUACAAACAGCUGGAGAAAUUUCGCAAGGUCCAAGCCCAGGUGAGAGGGACAAAGGGCCAGUUUGAGAAGCUGAAGAAUGACGUGUGUCAGAAGGUGGACAUGCUGGGAGCGAGUCGCUGCAACAUGCUGUCUCACUCCCUCUGUACCUACCAGACAACUCUGCUGCAGUUCUGGGAGAAGACAGCCCACGCCAUGUCAGGAAUCCACGAGGCCUUCCAAGGACACAUAACGUACCAGUUCACCACACUCAAGGACCUUAGAGACCCACUGGAGGAAUUAACAGACUCACAGAAAAAGGAGGAGAAGAAGGAGAAGUCCUUACAGAGCAACACUGACAGUCUUGUGUCCUUGGAUGACGACAAGCCAAUAGGAAGUGCCUCUGACACAGACCCUGCCAACAGCAGUGAUGGACAGAGAGACAUUGUGCACCCAAACACCCCCAAACCCACCACUCCAUCCCUGCAAAACCUCAGAGGACUCUCGGCAAACUCUGACGAUGACCUCUUGCUCAUGGCCUGUGAUCUGCCAGAGCCUCAGCCCCAGCUUCUGCCUCCACUUGAGGUUGGAGACUCCAGUCAGCCCUGGGACUUUGGAGGCCUCCAGUCCAGUCUCUCACAGAGGCCUGCCACUGGAGGUCUGCCCCCCCUCUCCAUGACAAGCCUGAGGCCUGAGGAGGAAGACGCUGAACGGGGCGACAUGGCUUUCCUCAAAGACCUGCUCAGCCCGGGCCCCGGGUCCAGCGAUGAGUUCAGCCAAGAGUGGCAAGAUGCUUUUGGGAUGUUCGACCCACCCAGCACGCCUCAGUCAAUCACAGGUGCAGCGAGUAGCGGGCCGGUAGCUCGCCCUACCUCCAACCCCCCCAGCCCCACAGGUUUCCUGCCUUCCCAUCUGCUGGAUCACAGCCUGAGCUCUACAGGAUGGUCAACCCCACCUAUGUUCCAAGCCCCACCCCUGCAGCCUCCUCCCGGACAGAGCCAUUCAACUCCACCUGCUCCAAGUUCAGAAGCCAGUGCCGCUCCAGGUGGCUCUAAAGACAUGUCGGCCUGGUUCAACCUCUUUGCGGACCUGGACCCCCUCUCAAACCCAGAUGCCAUUGGACGAUCUGCGGACGAGCUGCUCAAUGCUUAAAGCUCCAUUUGUGUGUGUGUGUGUGUGUGUGUUUGUGAGCGUGCGACAGUGUGUGAUUUCCUUCGGAGAAUCUGGAUGUCAAUAAGUGUUCAUGUCGACUACCAAGUAAUAGAACACACUUUAACAGUUAAAUACCUGCACAAAUAUACCCCUGCAUUUCUGUCUGCAGGAGAGAUGUGCGUCCACACUUGCAAAUACACACUGGUAUUUGUGUUACACUGUAAUAUGUGGUUUCACACUGGAAAAGGAAAACACUGUCAGUUGAUUGUGAAUCGCUCUGUAAAAAGACUGUUAACACUACACAUGAAGCCAGCGGCUCAUAUGCACACAGAAGACCUCGUGUGGCUUCUGUUACUUAUCGUGACAUCAUAUUCUCUCAUGUGGAGAGAACAUUUUGAUUACCGGUUUAUUUUGGACAGCCUUGUGUGUUUUUUUUGUGUGUAGUUCAUGUUUGCAUUGUCUGGGUGUGUGUUGGUUUGCUGUGUGUGCACAAAAAAGGGACCCAGGUUGUAAGGAAAAUAUAUAUCUAUUUAGUGCAAUGUUGUUUUUACAUGGAUGCAGAUGAUUGCCACAUAUGAGGAGUAUAUACUGGACAUAGUGUAUGUUUGAAAUAAGACGGGCCUGUCACUGAGCCGGUGUUUGCACACAGCAGCAGAUGAAGUUUUACACCAUGGCCCUGUAUCACAAAGCAAGAUAAGUUGGUUAUGUUAUUACGUUUCAUUUUUAAUUCAUCUCUGGUUUCAGGAUCCCUCUGGUCACCUGUGACGGUUUCAAGUCGUAUACAUUUAAGAAGUAGUUGACAUUUUAUCGCUUCCUUAUCUGUCUUUAAUAUAAAUAUGGAUAAUGACAAUUUAGAGACACAUAUUUGAUAACCAACAAGCUAAUGCUGACAACAGCUGACAUUAGCAUACAGCCAUGUCCUAGCCAAAGUUACAGUUUGAUAGUGUUACAUGACAUGAAAAAUAUCAUUUAGAUAGUAAGUGGCUAAAUGCUAACGCUAGACUAUAUAAUAUGCUUAUAUAAAUGUCUAUAGGCUUUAACUUCUAAUGAUAAACAUGCAACACCAAAUUCAACCGUCUUCGUUAGCAUGCUAAGUUUAAAACAAGUAUUUCUUCUCUAAACAGUCAAUAGUUUUUCAUCUAUCUCUGUACUGAGCUUGUGAGUCACUAUCAUCAUGUACAUAACCUGGCAGGGUUAGGUUAUACUUUUGUCAAAAACAUGAAUAUCAUUACUAAAAGUGCUAUUACAUUUAACCAGAGCAAGCUAGCUUUUAGUGUGAACUUCAGCUAGUUGCUAACAGCUGAACUAACAUGCUCAGUAACUUUCCUAAUACACUGCUGCUAAACAGGUGUUAUUAUCUAUUACCUGCACUUUAACAGUUCAUGCUGGUAGACUUUAUCAGACUUAUUCUGGCUGCAGUCACAACUUUAUCCAUCUAAAUGUCCCUUUACUCAGUAAAUGGAUUAUCUGUGGAAAGAUGCAAAUGCCAGCUGUGUUUUUUAAUAAAGGCUGAUUCACACAAUUUCAUACUACAAAUCCUCACUAUUUAAUUAAUGUGGGAUUUUACGGCUUUAGAAAUCUUCUACUUAUUCCUUAACCAUUUAAAAUACCACACUUUUUAUCUGAUGAUGUUUCUUAUUGUGAGUAAGACCAUCUUCAUGAUAGGUAUUUACAGUAUAUGUACCUGUUAGGAUCAGUGAUGCAGGUCAUAAAAACUGCUUUGUGAUACAGACUCUGCACAGCUUGGUAUCUUGAAUGUGUAGUGAAAUUCUCUGAUUUCUGUCAGGAGUCGAAAGGGAACUGUGAUUGGUGUCAUUAUAUUUGCCUGAAGCCUUGAGUCUGAUUACAGACACACACUGUCCAAACUCUUUGGAUGUUUUUGUAACCAACAGACCCCUCCACCUUUAUCCUAUAGCUUUCUUGCUGAAUGUGGUGUGUGCAAAAGAUUGUAUGUAUAUGAAAUCUUCUUUCCCAUCUGUUACUCCGAUUUCACAAUCUGAAGUCAAAAGCCAAGGAAAAUAUGUGAAGGAUAAAAACAUUUUGAAGAAGUUAGAAAGUAGGACAUAGGAAUAAUAUUCUGGAUGGGUGGGUUAUUUAUGUUGAAUAAUCUGUGAGCAACAGCACCUAUGUAUUUAUUAACAAAUGAUAUGAAUAUACUACUGAUUAUGUUUUAGUUGUGCAGUACACUGAAAAGUUACAUGAUAUAAACACUAAAAUAUUGUCUAUUUUCUGCUCUUUGCGUUGUGUAUUUUGAGAAUUCCCAGAUGAAUUUUGGAAAUAUAUUAUUAUAUGGGAAUUGAAUCAACAGUGGAGAGCUGUUACCAUGUUGCAAACUGGAUUUAAAUUCAGCUCGUGUUUUGAGGGUAAAUAAACAACCAUGGACAGUUUUGAAUGCUAAGUUUGAUUGAGUGUAAGGGUGCAUAUUGAAGAGUUUUAUGAACCAUUUAUCUGGAUUAUGUGAAUACCACAUCCGUGUGCACCAACUGAAACCAAAUCAUCAGUUUUGACAUUUAUGUGACGUGUUUUCUGAGUCUGACAACUCAUAAAACACUUUUUAUGUGAGCUGCAAAUAUCACAGCAUCUAUCAUUUAUUUGACUGUGUCUUUGUUUUGUUUUUGUGACAUUGUUUUGUGAGAUUUUUUUGAAGAAAGAAACUUCUGAUCCUUGUGCAGUGGUAACAAGGGAGACUUAAACCAUGUAUUAUAUUGUUUAUUCUUAAUUUACAAACUUAAAAA